CUGACCACGCUGGGCUCUGAUUGGUUAGGGUGGGGCCGUGGGCGGCGCAGCAGUGAGCCGCUGUCAUGGCGGAGCUGAGCGAGGCGCUGCUCUCGGUGUUGCCGUCCAUCCGGGUGCCUAAGGCCGGCGACCGGGUCCACAAGGACGAGUGCGCCUUCUCCUUUGACACGCCGGAGUCGGAUGGCGGCUUGUAUAUCUGCAUGAACACGUUCCUGGGCUUUGGGAAGCAGUAUGUGGAAAAGCACUAUCAGAAAACAGGCCAGCGGGUCUACCUGCACCUCAAAAGAACACGUAAACCGAAGGAAGAAGACACCAACUCCAGUGCUGGGGACCCCCCAAGGAAGAAACCAACUCGCUUGGCUAUUGGUGUAGAAGGUGGAUUUGACAUCACAGAGGAAAAGUUUGAAUAUGACGAAGAUGUAAAAAUAGUAAUUUUCCCAGAGCAUUUGGAUAUUCCUCGUGAUGGGCUGGAGGGACUACCAGACAUGGUCAAAGACAGGAUUGCCAGUGCAGUUGAGGCCAUCCUGACAGCAGACUCAGCAUCACGGAAGCAGGAAGUGCAGGCUUGGGAUGGGGAGGUUCGACGUGUUUCCAAACAUGCCUUUUCCCUGCAUCAACUUCAGAAUGAUGUCCGCAUCCCACCGUGUGGCUGGAAGUGCAGCAAGUGUGACAUGAGGGAGAACCUGUGGCUGAACAUGACUGAUGGAGCCAUCCUCUGUGGUCGGCGCUAUUUUGAUGGCAGCGGUGGCAACAAUCAUGCAGUCGAGCAUUACCGGGAAACUGGCUACCCACUGGCUGUGAAACUGGGAACAAUUACUCCGGACGGGGCUGACGUGUACUCCUAUGAUGAGGACGAUAUGGUGUUGGAUCCCAACCUGGCAGAACACCUUGCUCACUUUGGGAUCGACAUGCUCAAGAUGCAGAAGACAGACAAGACAAUGACAGAACUGGAAAUAGACAUGAACCAGCGCAUUGGGGAGUGGGAGCUCAUCCAGGAGUCUGGCGUGCAGCUCAAGCCUCUCUAUGGGCCUGGGUACACUGGUAUCCGUAACCUGGGCAACAGUUGCUACCUCAAUUCUGUGAUGCAGGUGCUGUUCAGUAUCCCAGACUUCCAGAGAAAGUAUGUGGACAAGCUGGAGAAGAUAUUCCAAAGUGCACCUUCGGACCCCACACAGGACUUCAGCACACAAGUAGCCAAACUGGGCCAUGGACUGCUUUCUGGGGAGUAUUCAAAGCCAGCUUCUGCAGAUGGGGAACAGCAGCCUGAUCAGAAGGGUAUGCAAAAUGGCAUUGCUCCACGCAUGUUUAAGUCCCUCAUUGGAAAGGGACACCCAGAAUUUUCCACUAACCGACAGCAGGAUGCCCAGGAAUUCUUUCUGCACUUCAUCAACAUGGUGGAGAGGAACUGCCGCAGCUCGGAGAACCCUAAUGAGGUCUUCCGUUUUCUGGUGGAGGAGAAGCUGAAGUGCCUGGCCACAGAAAAGGUGAAAUAUACCCAGCGUGUGGACUAUAUUAUGCAGCUGCCUGUGCCCAUGGAUGCUGCCCUCAACAAAGAUGAACUUCUGGAAUACGAGGAGAAGAAGCGGCAGGCAGAGGAGGAGAAGCAGCCACUGCCUGAGCUGGUGCGAGCCAAGGUGCCUUUCAGCUCCUGCCUAGAGGCCUAUGGAGCUCCAGAGCAGGUGGACGAUUUCUGGAGCACAGCCUUGCAGGCCAAGUCUGUGGCUCUCAAAACAACACGGUUCGCCUCUUUCCCAGAUUAUCUGGUGAUCCAGAUCAAGAAAUUCACUUUCGGUCUGGACUGGGUGCCCAAAAAGCUUGAUGUCUCCAUUGAAAUGCCAGAGGAGCUGGAUAUCUCUGCACUGCAGGGAACAGGGCUGCAAGAUGGAGAAGAAGAAAUGCCAGACAUCGCACCCCCACUGGUGACACCAGACGAGCCCAAAGGUAGCCUGGGGUUCUAUGGCAACGAGGACGACGACUCCUUCUGCUCCCCUCACUUCUCCUCUCCGACAUCACCCAUGUUGGAUGAGUCAGUGAUUAUCCAGCUAGUGGAGAUGGGCUUUCCCAUGGAUGCCUGCCGCAAAGCCGUGUAUUACACAGGGAACAGCGGGGUUGAGGCUGCCAUGAACUGGGUCAUGUCACACAUGGAUGAUCCAGACUUUGCUAACCCGUUAGUUCUCCCUGGAUCCAGUGGACCAGGGUCAACUAUUGCCUGCCCAGACCCUCCUUCAGAAGACAGUGUGGCCACUAUUGUCUCCAUGGGCUUCUCCCGGGACCAGGCUAUGAAAGCGCUUAGAGCCACGAACAACAGUCUGGAGCGUGCUGUGGAUUGGAUCUUUAGUCACAUUGAUGACCUUGAUGCAGAAGCUGCUAUGGAUAUCUCGGAGGGACGCUCGGCAGCUGAGUCCAUCUCCGAAUCUAUCCCUGUGGGUCCUAAAGUGCGCGAUGGGCCUGGAAAAUAUCAGCUGUUUGCCUUCAUCAGCCACAUGGGCACUUCGACUAUGUGUGGGCACUACGUUUGUCACAUCAAGAAAGAUGGCAGGUGGGUGAUCUACAACGACCAGAAAGUCUGUGCUUCUGAGAAGCCCCCCAAGGACCUGGGCUACAUCUACUUCUACCAGCGGAUUCCCAGCUAGAACAUCCUCUUGCUGUGUGUGGUGGGGGGAGCGUGGGCUGGAGGCGUGGGGCGCAAAGGGGUGGGGGCAGUGAGGAUGAGAGCAGGGUCCUUCUCUCCCCUGCUCCUCUUUCCCCACUCGUCCCUUCAUGGCGACACACGGGGAGACAAGAAUUCCCUGAGUAAUAGACUGGGGGCUGGAGCCCCCCGUGGACAUGAGUGAAGGGGGUCCGGGAUUGGGGGGGGGGGGGGGGGGGGGGUGGGAAUAUCUGAUUCUAUAGGAAAUGUCCUCACUGUCCCCACCCCCGUGUGCCACACAGCCCUAGUGCUUUGCUGCUUGGUGGGAUGAUGCCACCUCCUUGCUGUCCAGAAAGGGAGGAGGGGGCUUGUGUGUAUGUGUGGCUUGUGUAUGGGGGGGGGGGAAUUCCUCCUGCCUGCCCCGCCGGGGAGGGCGUGGGGCUGGCAGCAAGGUGGGCCACGAGCGGUGUCCCCCCCCCCCCCCCCCCCUCCUUGUGUGCCCUUUACAUGCCAAAAUACACGAGGGACAAAAUAAAAGUCAAAAUACC